AGGACCGGGUUGCGGCGGGCGGAACGGUGUCUCCUUCACUUCGCCCUCCAGCCGGGGUAGCUGCAGCCCGACCCUGAGCGAGCUCCGCAGCCCGAGCUGCGAGCGGAGCGGCGGUAGCAGCCCCUCUCCGGAGACCACCAGAUCACCCCUUCCUGUGGCCUCGCCAUGGCGACCUACGGGCAGAGCUGCGCGCGGCCAAUGUGUGUUCCUCCAUCCUAUGCUGACCUUGGCAAAGCUGCCAGAGAUAUUUUCAACAAAGGAUUUGGUUUUGGGCUGGUGAAACUGGAUGUGAAAACAAAGUCAUGCAGUGGUGUGGAAUUCUCAACGUCUGGUUCAUCUAAUACAGACACUGGUAAAGUUACUGGAACCUUGGAGACCAAAUAUAAAUGGUGUGAGUAUGGUCUGACUUUCACAGAAAAGUGGAACACCGAUAACACUCUGGGAACAGAAAUCGCAAUUGAAGACCAGAUCUGUCAAGGUUUGAAACUGACAUUUGAUACCACCUUUUCACCAAACACGGGAAAGAAAAGUGGUAAAAUCAAGUCUUCUUACAAGAGGGAGUGUAUAAACCUUGGUUGUGAUGUUGACUUUGAUUUUGCUGGACCUGCAAUCCAUGGUUCAGCCGUCUUUGGUUAUGAGGGCUGGCUUGCUGGCUACCAGAUGACUUUUGAUAGUGCCAAAUCAAAGCUGACAAGAAAUAACUUUGCAGUGGGCUACAGGACUGGGGACUUCCAACUACACACUAAUGUCAAUGACGGGACAGAAUUUGGAGGAUCAAUUUAUCAGAAAGUAUGUGAAGAUCUUGACACUUCAGUAAACCUUGCUUGGACAUCAGGUACCAACUGCACUCGCUUUGGCAUUGCAGCCAAAUAUCAGUUGGAUCCCACUGCUUCCAUUUCUGCAAAAGUCAACAACUCUAGUUUAAUUGGAGUGGGCUAUACUCAGACUCUGAGGCCUGGUGUCAAGCUUACACUGUCUGCCCUGGUAGAUGGGAAGAGCAUUAAUGCUGGAGGCCACAAAUUGGGCUUGCCCUGGAGUUGGAGGCUUAAUCCAGCUGAAAGAAACCUCUGGGAAUGGUUAUCAGAAGAUUUGGCCUUAAUAUAUUUCCAGUGUGACCAGCAGGCUUCCCCUCCUCCCUCCCCCAAGAAGGUGAUCAAAACAAAGGAUGAUCUGAACAAGAGCUGUAUUUUAAAUAUUUAGACAGUUACUUGUUAGCUGGUUUCUAGUUAAAUUGGUUAUCUAUCUAGUUACCAAUACUGCAGUCGUGCAGUCACCUAUACAUUAUUUAAAUGUAUUUAACUGUUAAAUGCGCUACCCACCAAUAAUGAAAUAGACCUUUAUGAAAACUG